GCCUAGGCUCCGCCCACUUCCGGCAGCUUGUUCACUUAAAAAGCCUCUUGUGAGUGGAGAUUCUCGAUCAGUGUGAUUGGUGAGGUUGUGAGGACGACAUGGACACACUUCAGGUGAGCCUGGCAUGUCUGCUGCUGAAGAUGAACUUUCACCCUGUCACUGCCCAUGUGGUGGUGUGGAUCGUGCCAAACUGCCAACUGUGUCCACAAGGUAACUUUGUGAGGCAGAACUGUACGAUCCUUAACAUGAAGUCAAUUGGAACACAGUGUGCUCCAUGUACAAACUGCUCAGCGGCUGAUCAGGAAACUGUGAUCGGGUGUUCGGCGUUCGCUGAUUCUGUGUGUCGAAACAAGAGCGCUGCUGUGGCCACUCCAUCGUGCAGACCUCCUGAACCUGCAGCCUCCACCUUGAACAAGAGGAUCCUCCUUCCUAUCAUAGGUCUCUCUGUGUUAUUGGUUUUGCUGCUCGGAUUGGUUCUGACCCGGCUGUCCUGCCGAUGCAACAAUUACAACAAUAUCAAAGGUAACAAGCCCCUCCCACGACUACCAAGCCCCUCCUGCUACUGCCAAGCCCCUCCCACUACACCAAAGCCCCUCCAACAAUUGACAAGCCCUCCACACUGCUUGACAAGCCACUCCCACUAUCUGACACACCUGUUGUUCCUUCAUAGGUCUGGAUCUGCUGUAACUGAUCAGAUCCAGAAUGAGGGUCUCUAUGGGUCCAGGGUCUCCAGGUGAAAACCAGCACAGAUUCAGUCUACAUGUAGUUAAGUUUUAUUCCAGCUGUGGUCUAGCUUCCAGUCCAGGGUGCACCUAGCCUCUUGCCCAAUGAAAGGAGGAGCAGUUUAGAUGUAGUCCAGCUGUAGUCCAGGAGCAGUUUAGAUGUAGUCCAGCUGUAGUCCAGGAGCAGUUUAGGUGCAGUCCAGGUGUAGUCCAGGAGCAGUUUAGGUGCAGUCCAGGUGUAGUCCAGGAGCAGUUUAGGUGUAGUCCAGGUGUAGUCCAGCUGUAGUCCAGGAGCAGUUUAGGUGUAGUCCAGGAGCAGUUUAGGUGCAGUCCAGCUGUAGUCCAGGAGCAGUUUAGGUGUAGUCCAGGAGCAGUUUAGGUGCAGUCCAGCUGUAGUCCAGGAGCAGUUUAGGUGUAGGCCAGAUGUUGUUAAGGUGUAGUCAAGGUAGAGUCCAGGUGUAGUCCAGGUAGAGUCCAGGUGUAGUCAAGGUAGAGUCCAGGUGUAGUCCAGGUAGAGUCCAGGUGUAGUCAAGGUAGAGUCCAGGUGUAGUCCAGGUAGAGUCCAGGUGUAGUCCAGGUGUAGUCCAGGUAGAGUCCAGGUGUAGAUCAGAGUAGUUUAGGUUAAGUUCAGCAUUCACUAUAUUGCCCCCCUUUUUCAUCCAAUCAAAAUGAAGAACAGCCACUCACCUGUGU